CUGAAAUAUCAGAAAUACAUUAUGCACGGUAAAUCGAGGUAACAUAGUAAAUGAGAAGGUCCACAUUACAAUUGUAUCCCUGAACGGUAAUAGAACAGCUGCUCCCCGACACAUUCUCGGAAGAAAAAGUGUCGCGGUCGUCCGUCGCUAUCGUAUCUAAAGACAAAGUUAACUGUAUGAUCGAGCGCUUCAAGAUAUGAAUAACCCAAAAACCUAUUGCUUUGUAGAAAGUGAAGAUGCAUCCACAAACUUGUUUGGCAAGUGUCAACACCUAUCAGAAUAUUUAAAAGCUUUCCUUAAGAAAGGAAAGCACGCCCAUUUUCUAUAAGUAAUUUUACCCUCUUCCUUCCAAGAACAGAGAGGUCUGGAUCGGUCAGUUACUCAUUAUUCCCAAAAUAAACCCCAACAAUAAUGUUUAUGAUUUAUAAGUGUAGUGUUCCCUGUCAGGUAUAACGUUCGGCAGGUAACCCUAAUCCCGCAGUUGGGGCUACAAAACAACUUAAAGUUCAAAAGCGUCUGCAGUUGCUCUAGUGCUAUCGUGAAUAAAGCAGGCAGUAGGUUUUUACAACUCGGCUAGCUCAAAGGCGUUUUCUUGAGGUUGAAUAUACCAAAAAACCCUCAGAAGCAUUAGAAGAAGAUCCUUGGCACGUCCCCGUUUCACUCUUCUUGUCCACCAGCAAUAGAUCUCAUACAACCAGAAAACUGCGCCAAUCUGGCAAUGCUAUUCCUGCUGUCAUGUCAAUUAUGGCAUUUGAGUGAUGUUUGACAUUGACAUAACCAAUAUUUUGAACUAAUUUUUUCCUCCUUUGAGAGUGGAUUAUGGAAAUCCGUCUUGCAUAUUGAGGAAUUUAUUUUUAUCGCACACCAUGUACCAUCAAGGCAGAGUCAGAAGGAGGGGAGGAUGGCAUCAGUCAAGAAACAUGAGAUCAGAACAUACACCACCAACCAGUAUACAACAAAAAUCAGAAAAUGAUAUGCUUUUGCAAGCAAAUGAAAACAUAUCAGCAGAAUGGCAUGAUCCUAGAUGUUGUGAGGCAAUUAGUGUCAAACUUCCAUUGGAUGAAGAUAGCCUUUUUUUCUUUGCAGAGUUGAAGAGGUUGUGGAUUAUGUUGAAAAAAAGUCCACCAGUAAUUAGCAAACUUCACAACUACUAUGCUGCUUCACCCAACCCUUAUGUGGAUGCUCUAUGCCUGUUAUAUAAUUGCCAGGACUUCCAUAAUGCUAAACCUAAGACAUUACCCAUGUUCAUCAUUGAAGAGUUCAAAUCGUGGAGUACAAUUAAUAACAAUAGGAUUAGUCAUUUGCUCACUAUUGAGCUGAAAAUCGAUGUGUUCAAGAUAUUGCUGAGACAGGGGAGUCCAGCUCUCACAAAACUGAUGGUUGAUGUUUAUAGGCUGGUCGAAGAGCAGGAUGUGUUUUUUAAUUUUAUUAGGUGUGUGAAUGCAAGGAAAAAGUACAAAGAGGCUUGCCAAUAUGCCAUGUUAUUUGGUGUGCAAGAUAGGUUUUCUGUUGAGGAGUUUUUGAUACCCCUGGUGCUACAAGAUAAGCUGUUUAUGGUAGAUGAUUUUUUACGUUGUAGUCCUAGACACCAGGCCGAACUUGUGAUAUGGUUGGAUGAAAUGCUGGGUAAUAAUUCUAUAAGAGAUGCAGCAGCAGACUAUGCAAUAAAACAUGGCAUUCCGGAAGUGAAGUAUGAUAAAAUGCAUUCUAAGCCAUGGAAAAAGAUGAUAGCAAGGCUGUUGAAAAUGUUCAAAUUGUCUUUUGAUCUGACCCCAAAUUUGAAUAAAAAAAGAAAUGAAGGUGCUCUAAACUUCCUGUUGCAUAAAAGAUUUGUGGAAAAUAGCUUUGGUAAUGAAAGUUGGAAAGAAAUGGUGCAAGAAGCAGUAGGUGAUGAAGAAGUACUUAAAAAGGAAUUAGUUCAUCAAGUUGCCCACUAUGGAGACCCAGAGGAGGCAUUGUGGUGGGCCCUUUUUUACAAUGUUGACAAAAAAGAUUGGCCAUAUACUGUUAAGAUGUUAGAAGAGAACCCUGAUGGAAAUAGAGCUCAACAAAAAAUUAAUUCACCAGAUGAAGAAUCAUGGGAUAAUGAACUGGUGGCACCAGAACCAAUUGAGUACCACAGCAUGCCAUUACCUGUUGAUGCAAUCUUAUUAAUAGAUAGUCCAAUCAAAUUUGAGGAUUUUUUAGAUACAGGCUUCCAGGAUGUUGAUAUGAUUGGUAUUGAUUGUGAAUGGAAACCAAGUUUUGGUGGUAAUGCAAAUGAAUUGGCCCUAAUGCAAAUAGCUACUAGGAAAAAUGUGUUCGUGCUAGAUAUAGUUAACCUUGGGAACAAGGUACCACACUUGUGGCAGGAACUUGGGAAAUUUAUUUUCAAUAAUUGUGAUAUUUUAAAAUUAGGUUUUAGUAUAACUGGUGAUAUUCAUAUGAUCAGGCAGGCUCUACCAGAUUUAAAUUUGUUGCCUAAGCAAGUAGGCUUUUUAGAUCUGUGUUCCCUCUGGAAGCAUUUGGAGAAGUUUCCAAAGGUUAAACUGCCAUAUGAAGUACAAACGGGUGGACCUAGCCUGAGCACCCUGGUGCACCACUGCUUGGGGCGCCCUCUAAACAAGUCGGAACAGUUUUCCAACUGGGAGAAACGGCCGUUACGCGACACUCAGAUCGCUUAUGCAGCGUUGGACGCGUACUGCCUCGUACAGGUCUACGACGUCAUCAGGCGGUGCUGCGACGAGGCCGGCUUUCCCUUCGAGGAAACCUGCUACCAUCUGCUCACCAACGAGAAAACUGCCAAGAAGAAGCAUAAGAAGCCACAGGGACAUAGGAAGAAACCUGUAGCCGCGGAGAAAGAUAUUCCCCAGCCGGCCAGUCCACACUCCGAUCCUGUUUCUGCCGAUAAACUCAAAGUUGUCUGUGAUACAAUGUUGCAAGGCCUGGGAAAGAAGCUGAGAAGUUGUGGUAUCGACUCUGUCAUUCUCGAAACUAAUCAGGACCAUAUGGUCUGUGUGAAGUAUGCUCAAGACGAAAGAAGAUAUAUUUUGACAAAAGGCUAUGAAACAUACAAAAUGCUGCAGGGAUACGUUCCUUUGGGACAUUGUCUGAAAAUCAAGAGUGAUGACGUAGACGAACAGAUAAAGGAAGUUAUUAGUUAUUAUAAAGUGAAUGUAACGAAGGAAGACGUAUUCAGCAGAUGUCAGGCUUGUAAUGGCAACAAUUUUGUCAAAAUAUCCCAAUCGACAAUGAAUACGUUGGCGAAAUCUGCGGAAAAUCGAGAAUCUUCAGCUUCAAAUUAUUUUUAUGAAGACGAAGCGACAGGUUUCUCCAGUGAAGGUGACGAUGAAGAUGAUUGUGCGGAAGCCGGCCCUCCUAUUGCGUCAAGGAAUCGGAAAUGGGAUCUAUAUCCCGACGAAAAGGUGGACGUCGGCCUCUGCCAAACAAGAUUGGGCGCGAACAUCCAAGUAAAGGCAAUCCCAAAAGCUCUGAUGACACAGCACGACUUUUUCUACGUGUGUGAAGAGUGCGGGAAGGUGUACUGGGAUGGUUCCCACUUUGGAAAAGUCAUUGCAGGAAGAUUGCAGGGAAUCGUGCAAUAAACAAAUAAACAUCCAUCUAUACCUUUAUUAUAGAUAUAUCGCCAUUUAUUAUUUCUUUUACCUCAAUAAUAUUGAUUCAAUAUUGGUGUUGUAAUUUCUACGGGGUGUCCCAAAUGUCGACGUCGAGCCCGAAACGGGGAUAGGCCAAGUCAUAAUAGUUAUCAGAAACAUGAAUAUAAGUGGCGUCUUGAGGAACGGGACCGGUGAACAUUCACAAAAACUCGGUGUUCGGGAUGACGAGCAGCAUUUGGGUACCUCUCACGAUAAAGGCCAGCUGCAGCACUAGCAUUGCACAUUCCCCAUAAAUGAGGUGCAUUUGACGUAUUCCUGUAUGGUGUACACAGACAUGGUGGCACUACACAAUCAUGAAUUCAUAAAAGUGGCGUUACUGUCUGUCUUGCUGCUACUACGUAGAAUGCCGCUGGCCGUCACUCCGUCUAAGAAAAAAGUGAAAUUUAUAGUAGUGGGAACUAAAAGGUUAAUAUUUAUCCGAUUUUUCAGAUUCGUUUUUAACGUCCAUAAUUACAGUACAUGAUUUUUUAAAGCUUAUAAUUUGAAAAGUACACGGCUUAGACUUUUCUUAUAUUUUUCUGAUAAAUAUUAUGACUUGGCAUAUCCCCCGUUUCCGGUUUGACGUCGACGACUGGGACAGCCUGUAUAUUUUUCGAAAGAAAACUGACAAUAUUGAAACUUAAAAUAUGGAAUUUUUGGCUUUACGUCAUUUUUUUAUCACUGCUGUUUUUGGUUUAAUGUUAGGUAGACACUGAGAGAGUAAACAAAUGUAAAUGGGAAGUAAACUUCCAUGUUGCCAUAUUGCUACCUGAUGGCGUAAUUUUAUCAUGGCACUUAACAUAUUGGAUAAUUAAUUCGUGUCAAAAUUAUUUUAAUCCGUCUUCGAGUAUAAUGUUUGCCUGGCCGUUGUAUUUUGAGAAUGUGAUUUAUCACGUUUCCAUUUGUUGUUAUUGUUUCUGAUCGUUGUGUUGUUUUCUUAUUCCCAACUGGGCAAAUCAGACAUUUUUGAAUCGAUUCUCGCAUUGUCGAAUUCAUAAAAAUUUUAAUUUCUGUUUGAAACCUAAACCAAACUCGAUAUGUAAAGAAAAAUUGCUUUUAUUUUUGAAUAUUUUGUUAGAUACAGGGUGCCCCACUUAAUACUUCAGCGAUCGAUUAUUCGAAAAGUUGAGGUUAUGAAAGAACGGAUGUGAAGAAUUUUCAAAUUGCUCCUCAGAGCUCUCCUACAUAAUGCUGCCGCGCGCUGUGCCUGCCAGACAGACCCGCCUGACUCCGGCCUUCCAUCCUAAUCGUGUCGAACUUCGUACAUCCAUAACUGGCCGAUACGGCCGCUCCUUUGUACCUAAGGUAUUGAUAUUGUGGAACAGUCUACAAGAGGAUGCCUUUCCUGGAUCUACUAACCUUAGACAGUUCAAAUGUCGGAUUAACAAAGUUUUUUUGGGAACCUCAUAGCAGACGCGGUGUUCUGACAUUUAGGCUUCUGCCUGCGCGGCUCCUUCGGUGUAAAAAAAACACUUGCAACUGCUCGAUUACAUGAUAAGACUUGUGCUUUCAUCUUUUUACAGUGCAGAGGAGAAUUACACUGUUUGCUCGGCUUUUCUCUUUUACUUUGCGAAAGUUCCAACGGUUUAUAUUGCAACUGAAUUUUUAGGCCCUUGUUAGUAGAAAGUAUGCGAAUGCUGAGAAUUAAAUUUCAUUUUAUAGUUCUGGUGUGAUUUUAAAACUUUGGACAGCUAGAUUUGCAUCGAAGGUCUUUUACCUCUAAUUUCAGUAUUUUUGAUAACUGACUUUUUAGAAAAUAAUUAGUUUUAGCGAUUUUAGUAUGGUGUUACUAAUCAGAUGUUACUUCAUCAAAGUAAACAAACAAUUUUUAUGUCGAUAAAUAAUCAUCGACAUAUGAUAUUAUUUGAAUCUGGAACUCAGAUGAUAACCUGAUCAAAAUUUGAGUAUCGAAAAAGGAUCUGUGUUAUACUUGGUUGAUUUUAUUUUUUUAGUUAGAUUUAGUAUAUGUUUUUUCUUCCUCUUUUUACCCUUAAUUUUGAUCUGAUAAAUAUAUGAUCCAUGAGGUAUGUAUAAUUGUGAACGAUAUUUUAUUUUAUCUAGAAGUUAACAGCAGUGAUGUUUUAUAUUAUGUAUAUUUUUUGAUAAUUAUUGCUGAUACUAAUGACAUUUUUUAAUCAUCAAAUAUAUUCAUUGUGUAUUGAGA